UACACAAGGAACUCAUUUGGAUGUAGCCAGUCAUCAUUACAGGUGUUGAGCAGGAUCCUAGAAAACCAAUUACUUCUCUCCUCGUCAUGACCUAGUCGUGACCUAGCUGCUAGAUAGUCUCGGUAGUGGCCAUAAGGGGAGGGAGCUAAUUACGGGAGCUAAUUCCAUAGCCAAGCACGUGAUCAUACUACGACAAAUCAAGGUUAGGUAAGCUCUCAACCUCGGCAUCACAGCCUCGCGACAGAAGAUACUGAUACCUUCACACUUCUUUCAGGGCUUAUUAUAUACAGCUUCGUAUAUUAUUCAAACUGCAUUUUAUACUUAUAUAUAAUGUCUACGAUUAUCUAUUAUGCCAUAUGAGAUGCAAAUAGUGUCAAUUUUAUUAUCUAUCAAUAUUCAUCUGAUAAUCUCGACUUUGGCUUCUCUCAUACCCGGAACUCCUUCAUCAUCAAACCGUGAAGCUGGCAAUCGAAUCUCGCGCGAUCCUUAACCCAUAUUACGACCAGCUGUGCCAAAAAUAUUGAGUACAGAAAUUUGCCGUUGGUUCUCAAGCUUUCAACUGCAACCACCACGAACCUAGCUAUAAACAAUACCAGCCAUCUAAUACCUACCACACCACACCUCACACCGUCUACCCAUCAUGUCUUCCGAACCACCUUUGGACCCCUACAAACCCUCUCUCUUCGAACUUUUGUCCUCCACCCAACUGUCGUCACUUCUUCCUCCCUCUCUCCACUACCUCCUAACCAUCGCCACACACCGACAUCCGCGGUACCUCCUCCCAAUCCUCAACUCCUUUCACGAAAUCCACGCUCUCCUAUUCCUAGCAGUCGAACACCACUAUCUAACCACCUACUCCUCUUCAUUCGUCGAAAACUUUUAUUCUCUAAAGCGCGAACGCGCCUUACCUCCGGCAGUAGGCGACCUGCGACUUACGGCCGGAGCAGCCAAUGCCAGCCUACGAGAAACGACAAAACUUACAAGAGGGGAUGUGUGGAAGAAUCUCGCUGUGCUCGUUGGAAUCCCAUAUCUGAAACGUCGACUCGAUGAGUCUCAGGAGAUCAAUGCACCAAGAGCACUUCUCGGCGCAAAUUACACACGUAUGCCACCGAAUCCAACGCUCAAACAACGAUUUCUGCAUUAUUAUCGUUGGUUCCUUACAAAUGUAUAUCCCAGCGUGAACGCAGCAUAUUAUUUCAGUAUCUUAGCAUUUAAUCUACGAUAUCUAUUUUCGGGUUCAAAAUCCGGCUCUGGUGUAUAUUCCGAUCCAUUUUUAUGGUUGAUAGGGACGCGGAUACGAAGAUUAAGUCAAGCAGAUUUCCAAGCCUUCGAAGCGAUUAAGAAUGCUGCUUCAUCUUCAAUACCGGGGUCGAAUCUAGGAAUAAGAAGUCUCUUGGAUCCAAGACUGGCAAUGGGAAGAAUAGGCUCGGGAUUAAAACUAUUACUACCAACCAGUAUUUUUGCGCUGAAAUUCCUGGAAUGGUGGCACGCGAGUGAUUUCGCAAGACAAUUAUCUCGAAAAGCAACAGAAGGAUUAGAAUUACCACCGCCUAUUAUAUCAUACACCCCUUCUCCUGCAAAAGAGCCGGAAACCGCAUCAAAAUCCACAUCAGAAGAAAGACAACCGUCAGAAGCAGAAGAACCAACCAACCCCCCAAUUUCAACUCUAACCCAACUCCCCAUCUACGUCGUCCCAGCUCCUUCCGCCUCGACCUCCCUAGAAAACUGCCCAAUCUGUCUCGAAGAAAUCACAACGCCAACCGCUUGUCAAACGGGAUAUGUGUAUUGCUAUACUUGUAUUCAUAGGUGGAUUGAGGGGCUGCAUGAUUUGCAGGAGAAGUUUAUGAAGGGUGAUGGGAAGGCGGAUGGGGAAGGGAAAGGAGAGAAGGGAAGAGAAGGGAAGUGGGAAAGUGGAGCAGGCAGAUGUGCGGUUAGUGGACGGAGGGUAUUGGGUGGUGCAGGGGGUUUGAGAAGGGUGUUGGUUUAAGUUUUGGGGCGGGAAUUGCAUGAUGAGUGGUGAAUGAUGGAUGGUAGAGAGAGGGAAGAUGCCGGAUGGACGGAUGGGAUGAAAAGCCUGAAACACAAGAAGAGACAUAAUAAUACCAGGUAGUCUGAUGAGAGAAAAACCUAGUCUGGCCUAUCAACCGGAAACCAAGCUAUGAUAUCAUCCCUAUUCGCCCAGAGAAAAGAGGAGAGGAGACUCAGAAGCGAAAAAGCACUAGACGAAUAAUGUCCAUUUCUAAUAGAGAUCAAGCCUGGAGCAUUUUACAGCGGAGUUUGGAUGUCAUAUUAUCACAUCCUAGGAAUAAUAGCAUUUUUGGCGCUGCAUUUUGCUUUCGUUAUUUCAUUUCAUUUUACUCUACUUUACUUCAACGUCAAUUAGAUAUCAUAACACAUAUUACAUUUAAAUUCAAAUAUCACAUAUAAUUCCUCAAUUAGUCAAUUCACCAUGUCACAUAUAAGAACAAGCCAAAAAGAAAAUAUAUUUUCCAACAAAAUACCAUACUCCAUUGAAAAAAGCUAGCUAUGUAUUAUCCAUGAAUGGGCGGUCUAUGAAAAGAAAUCUC